AUGAGGUCCAAGAUUGGAACCAAGGUGCUAUCCGUCAUACAAUUUGCCAAUGUCGUGAGCAAGAAUAAAGACACCUUCUUGGAUACCCUAAAGUAUGAUGGGCUAAAAAAGAAAGAGAUUGACACCCCUUUGGAGGUUACCACCAAAAGAGAGGUGGACCACAGGAUUGAACUGGUGCUUGAGGCGAAGCCAUCAGGCAAGGCUUCUUACAGAAUGUCAUCCCUAAAGUUGGAGGAGCUGAGGAAAUCCUUGCAGUUGUGUGUGGAUUAUAGGACACUAAACAAGUUAACCAUCAAGAACAAGUAUCUUAUCCCACUCAUUACAGACUUGUUCGACCAACUUGAAGGUGAAAGUGUUAUGCCAUUUGGACUCACCAAUGCUCUAGCCACAUUUUGCACUCUUAUAAACAAGAGCCAGACAUUAGAAGACCAUGUAGACCACUUGAGAUAG